ACUCACUCAGCAGUCCUCGUCUUGACGUUUGACCACAUCUACACGCCAGACACCCAACCAUCCACUCACACGACCAUAGCACUCGUCGUAUUCUGGCCUUAAUCUACACACCGAACCUCGAAGCGUGUCUCGUCGAGGUCUGCAGCCCCGGCAAGGUCGGCGGCAAAUUUGGCCAACCUUUAACGCUCGAGUGCUUUGAGACUUGCCGAUUCUCUCACGCCUAAGUCUCUCCGAUCUAUAAGAAUGGCGCCUUCCACCCCUUCGACGCCUCUUCAUGGCUCUGGUCGAUCAAACGGCAGUGAAUCUGGCUCACCUGCCCCUACAGCAGCCGCUCCAGGCUCUUACACAUUAGACGACGUGACACCAGGUGUCAAGAUUUUUGUCCUGAAACCCCUCGCCAACGGCGCAGAAGAGCAACGAAAGGCCGAGAUCUUGUCAACGAGGGAUAAGCCGAAACCAUCCGCAUACGCUCCGAAACCUGCUCCGGAUGCUCCUCCGCCAGAUCCACGAGAUGAUACAGAGUACUAUGUUCACUACGUUGAAUUCAACAAACGUCUCGAUGAGUGGGUCGGAGGCAGUCGUCUGGUCCUUGAUAAAGAGAUGGAAUGGCCAAAAGUGAAAGAAGAUGAAAAGAAGAAGAAGGCUACCCCGACAGCCACACCCCAGGCCGGCGGUAGUGGUGGCGCUCCUAGUCCCAGACCUACUACCCUACUACGGAAAGCUACAAUCAAGGCUGCCACGGCUGCUGCGACAAAGGGAACCAGUGGGAAGGAUCUACCGAUGGGUCGGGCUUCAUCUCUCGGUCGAAAGUCCAGAGUCAAAGAGGAAGAAGAAAAUAAUGACGAGGCACCACCAGCGCCGCUGCCCCCGGCGGAUGAAGAAGUCGCAGUGGAAGGUGUGGAAUUGACACCUCCUUCCAAUCCCCAAGCUGCACCUAGGGUGUUUUCAAAAAAACAGGAGAUUGAAAAGCUGAGAACGUCUGGAUCCAUGACUCAAAGUCAUUCCGAGAUUUCUCGCGUCAAGAACCUCGACAAGCUACAGAUUGGGAAACACGAGGUGGAAGCUUGGUACUUUUCACCAUACCCCAUCGAGUACGCACAUCUGCCCAUGCUGUAUAUCUGCGAGUUCUGUCUCCUCUACUACCCUACGCUCACUCAACUCGCCCGUCAUCGUGCCAAAUGUACACUGUUACAUCCGCCUGGAAACGAAAUCUAUCGACACGAAAACAUCUCCUUUUUCGAGAUCGACGGAAGACGUCAACGGUCAUGGUGUCGGAAUCUCUGUCUACUGUGUAAAUGCUUCUUGGACCACAAGACAUUAUACUACGAUGUGGACCCAUUCCUGUUUUACUGUAUGACCCUAAAAGACGACUAUGGUCAUCAUCUCAUUGGGUUCUUCUCGAAAGAGAAGGAAUGUCCGGAGGGAUACAACGUCGCUUGUAUCCUGACAUUGCCUCAACAUCAGAGGAAAGGAUAUGGCAAGCUUCUCAUCCAAUUCUCGUACGAAUUAUCCAAAGUCGAGGGUAAACUGGGCAGUCCAGAGAAACCCUUGUCGGAUCUGGGUCUUUUAUCUUAUCGAGCAUACUGGCAGGAAGAAAUCGUCAAGUUAUUGGUCAACAGUGAUGAAGAGAUCAGUCUGGAUGAGAUUGCAAACAAGACGUCCAUCACUCAUGGAGAUAUCAUGCAUACAUGUCAAGCCCUUCAGAUGAUCAAAUAUUACAAGGGUCAACACAUCAUUCAUCUCACCGACGCGGUACUGGAACAACAUACCAAGACGAUGAGCAAGCAAAAACAGUCUAUAGAUCCGAGUGCUCUACGUUGGAAGCCACCGGUAUUCAGUCGAGCUCAACUUGCAUUUGGAUUCUAAGAGUCACGAGAGAGAGUGUUGUAUGUUCAUGUUGUAGCACUAUGUAUGCAUCUUGGGCUAAGCUGGG